CGGAUUUGUACAGAGGUCUGAUGCUUUUUCAAUGGAGAUCGGGCGCCAAGGACUUUCAAGUAUUUGAAGACAAAUACCAAAAAUAUUUUUUUUCUAUCCAAGUAAUGGACAUUUGACUACUAUUUUUUGACCUUCACAUUUUGUUCCAGAAGAAAAAAGCUUGACUUUAUCACAAACCCGCCCAUAUAAAUAGCCAAAGCCAUUUUUUCAGUCAUACGUUUGCUUGCUAAUAUUUAGCUAGCUAGCUAACCAUGAAUUUACCAUCUUAAAUUGUUGUAGAAACAGAUCUGUUGCCCAAAGGCAUUCUUUAUUAUACCAGAGACGCUGAGAGGAGAUAUUAAUAAAAUGGAUCCCAGGGAAGUGAUCAAGGGAGUGGAGCAUCUACUGGGGAGAGAGGGAGAGCUUCGCAGCCCUGAUGCAGUCACCAAAGUCUUCAGUCUCAUGAAGGCCUCUCAGAAGAUGGUGAGCAGAUGCAUCUACCUGAAUAUCUUGCUCCAGACCAAAUCGCAUGACAUCCUGAACAGAUUUAUCCGAGUAGGAGGGUACAAGCUGCUGAACGCUUGGUUGACCUACUCCAAAACAACCACUAACACCCCCCUGCUGCAACUGAUCCUGCUCACUCUGCAGAAACUACCCCUCACUGUCGACCACCUCAAACAGAACAACACGGCCAAACUGGUCAAGCAUCUGAGCAAGAGUGGAGAAACAGAAGAGCUGCGAAAGUUGGCAGGUGUUUUGGUGGAUGGAUGGAUGGCCAUCAUUCGCUCUCAGGGUGUGGCAGCAUCCAGCGCAACCUCUCCAUCAGAGAAGAAACGGAAGAAAGAGGAUGGAAAAGUACGAAGUGGAGAAGUGAAGAAGACAGGAGAUGGAGCAAAGGUGGCCCAGGAGGAGAAGAAGAAGGAGAAACCCAAAGCCCAUGCCCCCAGUCAUGCCAAGUUCCGAUCUACAGGCUUAGAGGUGGACUCCCCCAGUCCUCUCCCAGCCAAGAAACCCCCAGCUGCCCCUCAGCUUGGAGACAAAUACAAUAUCAAACCUGCUGUUCUCAAGAGGCCAAGCCCCUCUCUAUCAGAUUCACCUGUGGAGAAGAAAUACAAACCACUCAACACCACACCCAACUCCACUAAAGAGAUUAAAGUCAAGAUUAUCCCAGCACAACCAAUGGAGUGUACUGGGUUCUUGGAUGCUCUGAACUCAGCUCCAGUCCCUGGGAUCAAGAUUAAGAAGAAGAAGAAGGCUGUCUCUCCAACAUCAAACAAGCCCUGCCCAUUUGAUAGCAAGCCCCUCCCCUACCCAGCCUCUCAGACCAAACCCUCAUCCCCUGAGCCACCGGCCACCCAAAGUCCUCCUCAUGAUACCCCAGAGCUGGAGCAGCCAGGGACCCCUGUACCCAGCGAGGACACAGAGGCCGUGGACACAGGGGAGAAACCCAACGCUCUGUCUGAGCCGCGGGGAGACGAGGAGAGUCUGUUGACAAAGAGCGGGAAGAAGAAGAAGAGUGUUCGCUGGGCAGAGGAGGCACAGCUGAAGGAGUAUUUCUUCUUUGACCUUGACGAGACUGAGCGUGUGAAUGUCAAUAAGAUUAAAGACUUUGGGGAGGCCGCGCGCCGGGAGCUGAUGAUGGACCGGCAGGCUUUCGAAACAGCCAGGCGCCUCUCCCACGACGCCAUGGAGGAGAGCAUCGCCUGGACCCCUCCCCGGCCCCUGACCCUGCUGGGUAGCCUGGUCACCCCCGGGGCGAACAGCAGCGAGAAGCACACGCAGAGAGACAGGGAGCUGGGCAUCCUGCAGGAGAUCUUCCUCAGCAAAGACAGUGUGCCAGACAGCCCCCAUGAGCCAGAUCCAGAGCCUUACGAGCCUGUACCCCCCCGACUCAUUCCCAUUGAUGAGGACUGUACAGCUGUAGAGGAGAGCUAUCCUGAGCCCAUGGACACCCCUGCCCCAGCUGGCUCUGCCGCCUGCCCCCCUGAGGGCUCCAAACUGCCCCCUGUCUUGGCCAACCUGAUGGGCAGCCUAGGAAACACUGGACGUAACCCCCAAACCCAAGGGCCCUCAGUUAAUGUGCAGGAACUGCUGACCUCCAUCAUGGGUGCACAGUGUAGUCAGUCUGCAGAGGAUCUCAUCAAACAGCCGAAUUUCUCAGACCAGAUCAAGCAGCUGUUGGGCUCCCUGCAGCAGAGCCAGCCUCAGGCCCCGCCCUCUGGGCCCCCUCCCGUCUCAGGACCAGUGAAUACUGGCUUACUUGGUCACGGCCCUGGAAUGAAUAUGAACAUGAACAUGUCAAUGCCCAUGAAUGGCGGCUAUCCCCCCAACAACCCCCCCUCCGGCCCCCACUACCCUCACCCACCACCGCCUCAUGGCCAUGCCCCACCCUUCCCUUCUGGAGGUGGUCCCAGGAUGAUGGGUCCACCUCCUGGCCAGCCCAGAGGGGGUGAUGGAGGAGGUUACUGGGGGGAGGAGCCCAUGAGAGGAGGUCCGCAUCGCGGUGGUGGAGGUGGUCACUUCCACCGUGGCCGAGGGGGGCGAGGAGGCCGGCCAGGACGAGGAGGUGGAGGCGGGCCCCCCAGAGGAGGAGACAUGUCCAAUCGCCCUGUGUGUCGGCACUUCAAAGUGAAGGGGAGUUGUCGAUAUGAAAACAACUGUGCUUUUUACCAUCCGGGAGUGAAUGGGCCACCCUUGCCCUAAUAUGGUCUCACCCAUCCACUUGACUUCUACGAGUCCCCGAUCUCUUCCACAUAAAAACUUUGAAUGAAGAUGGAUUCCCUGCUCUUCUUCCUUCACCACGGGGAAGACAGGCUUCACUGCUUCUACUUUUAAUGCAUUUAGGUAUUUCUUUUGUGGUUUGAGGGCAUGUUGGAGAUGCAAACAGUUAAGAAAAAUCACAGCUUUGAUAGGAAUCUCUCUAGGGCUUAUAUUUGUGUAAUUAUCAGAAGACAAAGAACAAGGUUCUGGUUUAUAGUUGUUUGCCUUUGCAGGGUCUGAUUAAGUAUCUAACCUUUGUCAUCCCCCCCCCAGUCAGGAGGUUGAUAACUUGAACACAAAUUACUUCCUGUUUGUAAAUAUUUUGUACAUCUUGAAUCACAAGCAAGGUAGCGAUGUCUGUAUAAGUUUGAGUUUGUUCAAUCUUCAGUCAGCAGCUUCUGGUUUGUUGACGGUGCUCUGUACUCUUUGACCACUGGGUAGAUGUUUUUUCUUUGUCUUUUUCACUCAUCACUAUUUUCCCCAUUCAUUUUAUGCAGUUUGAUAAACCAAUCAAACUAAAGCCUUAGAUAUGAAACCAAACUUUCUACCAUGAAGGCCUGGGCCCAGGGCUCCAUUUCACAUAUUGGAAAAGAAACAAUGCUCCUAUCAGAGCACAGUACAAUGCAUCUCUCCACUGUAUUCAGUUGCCAGGGAUCAGACAGAAUUAGAUUGCAGGAAUGUGUCUUGGCUUUUAAAUGUGCUUCCUUGAUUUACACAGAGCAUGUUGGAGAUGUCUGUGCACUGAGAUUAACUGUGGUUCUUUGGUUUGUCAAAAUGCAGUCUAACAAGUGCCAGUACCUGAUACCUGCUCAAAUGUAUAUCUUUUCAUCUAUAAGUCUGUAAGUUAUUCUGGACUAUUGAGCCCCUUUAGCUGUAAUUGCUGAGAUUCAACCAGAUUCUUUCAUCAAAAAACAUUCUGAUGUACCUGUGUAAAGAAAAGUUGCAUGGGUGGGAGUUCUGGGAUUGAAAGGUGCCAAACAAUCCUUGGUAAACAACAGGUAAACUCAGCUCCACUGUCUUCCAUUUUUAAUUAUUUUUUAAGGUUUGUUUUGCCUUUUCUUAUGUAACAGUAGGGGGGGACUAUCUUCAGCCCUGUAAAGUUGCAUUGGGUUAACAUGUUUUACUGCUCCUCUGGUUCUAGUUGCUCACAGCUGGGGUCUCUAUGUUCUGUAGAUUCUAUACCCGGUUCAGUUUUCUGGGUCUUAAUCAGUUAAGACGUGAGAAGAAAAUCCAUACAGGUGUAUAAAGGGAGGCAUGAAACAGCUGUAGUUAUGAUUGAAUGAUCUGACCCAAAAGAGAUCACUGCUCAUGAGUUCGGACUGAGUAUUCCAUAUUAGACUGCUUGUAGGCGGGGCUGAUGAUGUUCAGGUAGCCUUUAAGGGCUUCUCUGCUUAUGUAGAGUCCACUGUAUUACUGUUAAAGAGAAUCCUACUGUAAAUAAGCUCACAAUCAUUCUUGUACAUUAUAGACACUACGCUGUUUUAUAUGCAAGCUUCUACUCUUGUGUGUUACAGCUGGGUUUUAUGUAAUUUGCCAGUGUUAAUUGAGUCUGGCCCAGGUAACAAACGGUUCUCUGGGAAACAAAUGGAGUGUUUUCUGUGAAAACAAUGGCCUUUAUGUCUCUUGUGGGACUAUAAUGAUGCCUUUUUAAAGUACUGCUUCUCAUUAAUUUUCCAGAUGAUGUU